AUAGAAGAAGAAGACAAUUGGACGAAGUGCCAGGAAGAACAAGAAGUUCUUUCAAAGUGAAUCAAAUUGGCAACACACGCAUCGCGUAGUAUAGCUGCCCUGUUUUUUGGUUGAAAAGUGGUGAAUUUAGCCGCCGAAACAAACUUUAGGAAAUCCCAGCAAGAUGUCAUCCGGUGAUCAGCAAACGCAGGCCACUACGGGCCAACCACAUCUGCAGAAACAGGACCUUUCGCAGCUGGAUAUCACUAAGCUGACACCGCUCUCGCCUGAGGUCAUCUCUCGUCAAGCCACCAUCAACAUUGGCACCAUUGGACACGUGGCGCAUGGAAAAUCCACGGUGGUCAAAGCCAUUUCGGGUGUACAGACGGUUCGUUUCAAGAACGAACUGGAACGAAACAUUACUAUCAAGCUGGAGCCACUAUCCGACGAGCUGAUUGACCGGCUAACGACCAGUCCGGCUGAGUUGGCACAGUACAUUAAAAUGAUCCACGAAAGGUACAAAAUAGUAACGCCUCCGCCAUCGUCCGGCAAACGUCGACGAUGGUCCGUGGCGAGCCCACCGUCUGCUGAAGGGCACCGGCUGAAGCAGGCCAAAAUAUCCAGCUAUUUUAGCGGUGGUUUGGCUGCCACGGCUUCAGAUGGAAAGUUUAAGCAGCGCAAUAUUGAGUAUUAUUUCGGUCGAUCUAUGAAUGGAGCCAAUGGAAACGUCAAGGAAGACCAAAACGGAUUUCAUGAAGAAGCAACGGAAAAAGCAGAUGACGUCGAAUCGGUAACCAGUACAGACUCGCGGCGUAGAUCACGAAGGAGCCACACUCCAAGAAUCUCCAAUCGACGAUUUUCAACUGCUAGUGUGAUAUCCGUCAUAAGCGACGGCAGCACGGGAUCUCCUGCCACAAGAAGUAGUGGUAAUCCGGACGGGACCCCAGUGUCAACUGGAAGCAAGCAGCGGAAAUCGCUUUCAAAACCGAAGGCGAACAAAGCCGGCGAGUAUAGUGUUGAACAGAUUAUUGACAUUCAGGAGAUCUCCAAUGCUCCCUACUUCGAAAUUAAGUGGCGCGGUUAUAGCUCGAAAAGUAAUACCUGGGAACCGCUAAAUAACAUAUCAACCUGUGACUUCAUCAAUGAGUUCCUGCUGUAUCAGAUCGAAUCGUAUCAGGACACGAUUGACGAAAUUCGUCAGGAAUUUCGUCAAAUCGAAGGCUAUCAGGAAAAGCUUGCUGAACAAGAAGCGAAGUCUUUCAAAGAAAUUCUGAAAGACUACGAAAGUUUUGAUUCGAAGGCUUUUGAUAGCGAUUUGAUCCUGUUUGCCAAGAUUCGCACAAAUGGCACCAAGAACAAACGAAUCUAUGACCGAUUGCUGUCAAAAAUGUGGCAGGAAAUGUCCUACCGGCAACGUCAUGAACAGCUUAUAAAAAUGAAACAGUUCGAAAACAUGAUAAACGAAUUCGAACCAAGCAGUAAGAUUGUGGUGGAAAAUUUUGAAGAUUUGGAUGUCCCGCAGCAAAAUUUCAAGUACAUCAAAGAAAAUGUGGCGGGGGAAGGAGUUGAGAUUCCGGAUGAUCCACCAUAUGGAUGCGAAUGCGAACAAUGUGGGUUUCGGAGUGAAUGCUGCGGUAAGAUGGCCGGUUCCCGAUUUGCUUACAGUUCGAAAAAACGUUUGAAUGUGGCACCGGGUACACCGAUCUAUGAGUGCAACAAACGAUGUCGCUGUAGCACAGACUGCACCAAUCGUGUCAUGCAGAAUGGUCGCAAAUUUAACGUAUCUCUGUUCAAGACUUCAAAUGGACGCGGCUGGGGCGUUAAAACCAACCAGACAAUCUACGAGGGUUGGUACAUAACUGAGUACAUCGGAGAGGUCAUUACCUAUGAGGAGGCGGAGAAGCGUGGCCGAGAGUACGAUGCCGUAGGUCGUACCUAUCUGUUUGAUUUGGAUUUCAAUGGCAGCGACAAUCCGUACACGAUCGAUGCCGCUCAUUACGGCAACAUUGCACGCUUCAUCAAUCACUCGUGCGAUCCGAACUGUGGCAUUUGGUCGGUUUGGGUUAACUGUCUGGAUCCGAACCUGCCCCGAUUGGCAUUCUUCGCCAAGCGGAAAAUCGAAGCCGGCGAGGAAUUAACGAUCAACUAUCAGACGCAGGUUAACGAGAGCCGCGCGAUAAACAUCAGCCAAGAUGGUGAGGAGAAGGGCGACGGUGGACCGGGCAGAGGUAAACCGAAUCCGGAAAAUUUGACCGAGUGCCAGUGUGGGUCGGAUAAUUGUAAGAAGUAUGUUUUUUAGUUGGUUUUAGCGGUGGUCGUAAAUUUUCACACAUGUUUUGCCUUGCAACCCGGUUAGGUAAAUUCUAUCGUAGCGAGUAAGAUCUCGAUCUAAUUGUAUUUUAACAAUUCGCGCAUUGUUUCAUUAAGUUUAACAAUACAAUAAAGAAGUGCUGCUAAAAACACAA